UAAAAAAUAUAAAUUUGGAAAACUUGAUGUCCGAUUUACUGUCGUGAUCAUGGCGCUCAUGUCGUUUCGAUCUUUCCUCUUCCUCGCGCGCUUCACCAAACCGCACCACCGUCCUCAUCUCUCCACGCGCCGUUCCCCACUCUCAUCUCUCCACGCGCCAUCCUGUUCUCCCCAUAUCGACGAGCGCCUCGUCCUCGACCAAAUUUCCCACCUUUUCUCCAUUCCCACUUCCAAAUCCCAAAACCCCGUUUCGAAACCCCUCGAACCGCCGCAGCCAGACGCGAAAGCGGUGGACGCGUUUUUGCCUGCUGAAGACAAACUGCGCGGAGUCUUCCUCCAGAAGCUAAAGGGCAAGGCUGCAAUCGAAACCGCUUUGUCCAAUGUUGGUGCUGACGUCGACGUUAGCGUUCUCGGUAAAGUGCUCAACAAUGGGAACCUCAGUGGUGAAUCUAUGGUCACGUUUUUUAACUGGGCAAUUAAGCAACCAGGGGUACCCAAUGAUGUUGGUAGUUACCAUGUGAUUGUUAAGGCAUUAGGAAGAAGAAAGUUUUUUGUGUUUAUGAUGGGUGUGUUGGGUGACAUGAGAAAACGUGGCAUUGAUGGUGAUUUGUUGAUGUUGUCUAUUGUUAUUGAUAGUUUUGUUAGGGCUGGUCAUGUGUCUAGGGCAAUUCAGAUAUUUGGGAGCUUGGAUGAUCUUGGGGUUCGGCGUGACACUGAGGCUUUGAACGUGCUUUUGUCGUGUCUAUGUCAUCGUUCUCAUGUUGGUGCUGCCAAUUCUGUGUUGAAUUCGGUGAAGGGGAAGGUGUGUUUUGAUGUUGGUACAUACAAUGUGGUUGCUGGUGGGUGGUCUAAGAUUGGUAAGGUGGGUGAGGUUGAGAGGAUUAUGAGGGAAAUGGAGGCUGAUGGGGUUGCACCCGAUUGUAGGACGUUUGGAUUCCUUAUGGAGAGCUUGGGGAGGGUAGGUAGAAUGGAUGAAGCUGUUGAAGUUUUUUGUGGUAUGAGGGAGAAGAAUUGCCAACCAGAUACUGCUGCUUAUAAUGCAAUGAUUUUCAAUUUUGUGUCUGUUGGGGAUUUUGAGGGGUGCAUGAAGUAUUAUAAUAGGAUGUUGAGUGAUAAUUGUGAACCUGAUCUUGAUACGUUUAAUAGAAUAAUUACUGCGUUUCUCAGAGUGAGGAAAGUGGCUGAUGCGCUUCAGAUGUUCGAUGAGAUGUUGAACCGAGGUGUUGUGCCGUCUAUUGGGACCAUAACAACCUUUAUCAAACGAUUGUGUAGCUAUGGUCCACCUUAUGCUGCUUUGGUGAUAUACAAGAAGGCAAGAAAAUCAGGGUGUGUGAUAUCAAUGGAAGCUUAUAAGAUACUGCUUAUGCGGCUUUCUGAGGUAGGAAAAUGUGGAACAUUGUUGAGCAUAUGGGAGGAGAUGCAAGAAUGUGGGUACAAUUCAGAUUUGGAAGUUUAUGAGUAUAUCAUCAGUGGUCUUUGCAAUGUUGGACAACUGGAAAAUGCUGUUCUUGUUAUGGAGGAGGCUCUGGGCAAGAGGUUUUGCCCAAGGAGGCUAGUAUAUAGUAAACUGAGCAACAGGCUGCUUGCUACAAAGAAAACAGAGAUAGCUUACAAGCUGUUUCUGAAGAUCAAACAUGCCCGUUCCCUUGAAAACGCAAGAAAUUAUUGGCGUGGUAAUGGUUGGCACUUUUGAACCUGAGACAAAGGUUGCCAAAGCAAGUGUGCCAACUCAUCUGGAGAUCGCGUAUUUGCUAGUCCUCUUGCUAGAAAGUUGGCCGAAGAGAAAAAUGUACCACUCUGUAGCAUUAAAGGAACAGGAAAUGUAGGAGUCAUUGUGAAGGCUGAUGAAGAUUUCUUAGCUUCUAGUCAAGUUUCCGCAUUCUCAAAGGCCAUGGGUGCAACAGACGCAGCUCUGGAUUAUAUCAACAUUCCUCUCUCAGAUACGGAAGGUCGCAGCUUCACCGCUGUUAUUAUCAGAGCAAACUAUUCCUCAUUACUAUUCAACAGUAGAUGCAUGUGUUAAUAAACUCAUGAGUGUGUGGAGCAAACUCAAUUCAUUGCGAGAAGUCUCUAGUGGCUCCCGCUUAUCAGUUAAUGACCUUGUAAUCAAGGCUGCUGCAUUGGCUCUCCGUAAAGUUCCUCAAUGUAACAGUUCAUGGGCAAAUGAUUAUAUUCGCCAGUAUAACAAUGUGAAUAUUAAUGUAGCUGUGCUGACUCAUAAUUAUGUAUAUUAGUUCUUAUAGGAGUGUACUCUUGAUAAUUUGCCCAAACUUUUCAAUCAUUUUCACUUGAAAUAUGCAUAACUUUUUUUUUAAUUUUGAUAUGGUAAACUAUAAAGAGCUCUCUUCAUUUAGUGCGUUGGUAAUUC